AUGACGUCCCUUGGCCUCAGAGCUUACGCAGCCUCCAAGCAAAGUGAUAGAGGAGACCACAAUGAGUACAAGUUUGAGGUCGGGCGUUUGCUCUCCUUUAAGACCUGGCCGUCUGCUUCAAUUAGUGCGUCACCUACACGACUCGCCAAAGCAGGGCUCUUUUAUAUGGGAAGAGGGGAUGAAGUGCGCUGUUAUAGCUGUAACGUACUGAUAAAAGACUGGGAGAUAAGAGACAACCCUUUUCAGAAACACUCAGCGCUAUCUCCCAAUUGUUUACAUAUACUUGGGCAAGAUGAAAACAACGUACCGAUUACUGCAUCGACCGUUGACGAAACCACUUCAUCCACGAAGCCGAUAAGCGCUGUAGCUGAUGCACUAGGCAGCAGGCGGCCGCUGUCUUCUCUAACUCAAUUCACAACACAAUCCCGAUCUCAACCAAGAAGUACAGGCCUGGAUGAACCAGACAACGCGGCUACUAACAAUACUACGCCAAUAAGUAGACAGUCUUCAAGGCCAGUUCCUCUCCAGAGUCACCUUAACCAUCAAGACAGCUCUCAUACUGAUUCUAUGCGAGACGAACUUACACGACUGGCCACUUUUCAAAGACGACUCUACAGAAGAGAUGCGGAUGAGAGGAAGGUGGAGAGAAGUGGAUUUUUAAAAAUUGAAAUUAGUAUUAUUUUUCCAACCACGUGCCCUGUUAGACCGGCAGAUCUCGCUAGAGCCGGCUUCUUCUACGUGAACGUUGACGACAUGGUGAAGUGCGCCUUCUGUGACGGAAUGAUCAGAAACUGGGAGAGGGGGGACCGCGCCUUUGACGAACACGCCAGACACUUCCCUAAUUGCUCCUUCGUACAACAGAGCCAGCGUAAUAUAGAGUCUAACAAUCGCCCUCAUUUUAGCUCAAGUAAUUUUUCUUAUAACUUAGAUAGAGGUGUAUCAACCCAAAAUAAUGUUACUAGAAAUUCUCAAAGCAGCGUCCCUGGUUCAGAGAACGGUUCUCGUGGUUUUCAAAGAGGUAUAAUUUUAGAUAAUCUGAUAGAAGAUAAUCCCAUAGUAACGGACAGACCAAAACAUCCAGAAUAUGCUUUAGAACAGAACAGGAUAAACACCUUCCGCACGUGGCCCAUAGAUAAGAAACAAACGCCGAGAGAAUUAGCUACAUCCGGGUUCUUUUAUGCAGGGUUUGGGGACAAUGUAAAAUGUUUCUUCUGUAGCGGAGGUCUUAGAAACUGGGAACCCCAGGAUGACGUAUGGACUGAGCAUGCGCGAUGGUUUCCUAGGUGUGGGUUUGUUAAACAAUGCAAGGGUGUAGCGUUCAUUAGGGGAGUGGCUCAGCAGAAUACAAAUAAUGGUAGUUCAUUUCACGUAGAAGCGCGCGAGAUAAAGGCUAGGCUAGACACACCCUCUGCUCAGAAAGUUAUUGAGAUGGGGUACUCACGUGACUUGGUGAGAAAAACGAUAGAAAAGCGUCUGAGAACCACGGGGGACGAUUUCCCCAAUUUGCAAACUUUUAUAGAAGCUUUAUUAGACAUUGAAGAGGAAGAGAAGAGGGCGGCGCAAAAUAGUCAGCAAAACGAAAGUAUAGGCGCUUCAGCUAAUCAAACCUCUAACCAAAAUUCCGCUAAAAACAAGAAAAAGACAGAAAAGCCCAAAAAUGUAAGCGCUAAAGCCCAAAAUAAAGAAAAGGAGAGUCCCGCUACAGCAGACAAGAUAAGAAAGGAAAACGCUGAGUUAAAAGACCAGAGAAUGUGCAAGGUAUGCAUGGAUGAUGACUCGUCUGUUGUUCUGUUGCCGUGUGCCCACCUCGUGUGUUGUACCACGUGCGCACCCGCACUUUCCAAUUGUCCCAUCUGCAGGAGUGCUAUUCGUGGCACCGUGAAGGCGUUUUUGGCAUGA